AUGCCAGAGGUCCCACUCUGGAAGGUCUGGAGACGGCGGCGGUACGUGGUCACGCUGCUGACCUUCCUAGGAUUCUUCAACCUCUACGCCCUCCGGGUCAACGUCAGCGUCGUCAUUGUCGACAUGACGGAGAACAAGACGCACACAGACAGCAACGGGACGGUUGUUCGGGAGAGCGAGUUCGACUGGGACACGGAGCUGCAGGGCCUGGUGCUGAGCUCCUUCUUCUACGGCUACAUCUGCACGCAGCUGCUGGGCGGCUGGCUGGCGCUGCGCGUGGGCGGCGCUGUCCUCAUGACCUGCGCCGUCGCCGUCAGCGCCGUGCUGGCGCUCGUCACGCCCGUGCUGGUGCGCCUCAGCGUCUACGCCUUCAUCGCCAUCCGGGUCAUCCAGGGGCUCGUACAGUUGGCAGCCUCUUCCCCGCAGCCCCACGGCUCCCACACACAGAGGCAGGGCUCAGGGCCCGCUCUCCACGUUUUCCAGGGCAUGUCGUACCCGGCGGCGCAGGCUAUGUGGUCGCAGUGGGCGCCGCCACGUGAGCGCAGCGUGCUGGCCAACGUGGGCUACGCGGGCUGCGACCUGGGCUCCGUCGUCGCCAUGACUGUCUCGGGCGUCAUCACCGCCAAGCUGGGCUGGCCCGCCGUCUUCUACAUCUUCGGCUUCGUCGCCCUGGCCUGGACGGCGCUGUGGGUCCUGGUAGUACGCCGCGCGCCGAAGGAGGACCACCAUAUCGAUCCCCGGGAGCAGCAGUACAUCGAGGAGUCACUGGGCGGGCCACCCGAACACCAGAACCAAGAAUACCCGUGGAAGAAUCUGCUGACAUCGAUGCCUGUAUGGGCAGUGCUGGUGGCCAACUUUACAGCCAACUGGGGCUUUUACACAAUGCUCACAGAGCUGCCCACCUUCAUGAAAGAAACAUUAAACUUCAACAUCGAAGAAAGUGGGAUCUUGUCAGCACUACCAUCAUUGUUGAUGCUGUUCAUAUUGCCACUGGCGGGAUUCUCAGCUGACUGGCUGAUCAACAGAAAGCUCCUCACCAUUGGCCAGGUACCAUACUGA